CAAAGGUAAAAGACCGUUCUACAGUAACCAAGAGCAGCGCGCAGUGUACAGUUUAAACAAUGCCUCCCUCUGUGAAACAAACUUGCAGUUACUUACAGAUAUUAAAACACAUAUCCCAGUUAUUACUGUAAAACGAUUCUCUCGUGUACUACCUUUUCCUUCGUUUUGUUUUCUUUUCUAUUUGAAAUCUUAUUUUAUGUGCUCGCUUUUGCCAGCUGGUGCAAUUUUUUGUGAAGUGCAUUCAAGAAACCGCACUUUCUUUAUGGCGUCGCACCAGCAGUCAAGAAUUCAAUCAUACCUGGAAAAUAACAAAAUUGGCCCUCUGUUUGAGGAAAUGAUGACCAAACUGAUAAGUGAGACCCCAGAUCAUCCUAUUCCCUUUCUGAUCAAUCACCUGCAGACUAAACAAGGCAGUCCGAGCAAGCUCCAAAGAACUCUCUCAGGAUCUGCGGCUUUGUGGGCAGAGACUGGGACAACAGAGAUCAAAGGGACCAGGAAGGAUUUCAGAAGGUAUGAUAAGCCAUGGCAGAUAAAUCCCAAAAAGCCAAAAAAGUCCAAGAGUGACCUUGCUGUAUCCAACAUAUCUCCACCUUCACCGGAAUCAAAGUCAUUACCAAGGUCAAUAGAGCAUCCUGGGUGGGACUGGAGUACUAAACCCGAUAGCCGGGACUUUGAUGAACUGAACCUUAUCCUUCAGGAAAGCAGAAAGCUUGGAAAGGCACUGGAGAAUCUGUCACGCUGCAUUGCUGUCUCUGAUGAAAUUGAUCAGGAUCCAAGAGCCUAUAACUCAUCUCUGCUGAGACCCCGAGUAAUUGGAGAGUGGGUUGGUCGCGAGGAGAAUGAUGCUGAUCCGCUGGCAGCUGAGAUGUUCCAACCUCCUGUGCCUAAAAAUAAUAAUGAGCAGCGGGAAGGUGAGGACAGCAGUGGCAGUCCCGCAGGGAGCUUGAAGAUGGAGCCAAAGAGCAAAGGUCUGAAGCAGCAGCAGCAGCACCACAAGAAGCUGCUGGCAGCAAUGCUGUCCCAGGACUCCUUCGACUCGCUCCACAGCACUGUGCCCUCCGUGACCGAGGAGGAGAUUGAUGACGAGGACGACGCCAUGGAACUACUGGAGGACCUUGAUGAUUUAAGAAUGGAGGGAGUAAGCAGCUUGGCGUCUUCUGGUAACAAGUUUAGCCAGGGUCGCAGUUCUUAUUGUCCUGAGCCCCAAGCCAAAGUCACACUCAACAUCUGCUCAAGGUGUGCCAGGCUUCAAGGUGAUAGCUUGUUAGAAGCAAGAGACAACGAGCCGUUGUGUUCCCGUUCUUCUGAACAAGCUGUACCAGAGAUAGCAUGUCCAUUGCCUGGGGUUGAAACUCUGAUGGAGGGUGAUGAAGAAUGUGAGAGUGCUUCUCAAGUGACCGGACCUCGUCAACCAGUCUGGGACUCAGAUGCCAUGUAUGCCAGAAGUGGGAGCUCCUUAAGUCAGAAACAAUUGAAGGAGUCCUUCUCCACAAAGGAACUGCAACGUAUGGAGAAGCAUCUUGCUGAAGUUGAAAAAGACCUGGCCAAGAUUGCUGAAGCCACAAUAGUUCGGAGCCCAAACAGCAGUCUACUUCUGACACCAACCCGUCAAAGCAACCAGCAGGCAUUGCCAGGUCAGAAUUCCAGACCUCAAACACCAGGAAGCCUUGCUGGUAAAAGCAGCCAGCAUCAACUCCAAGGAAACAAACCAGCCUCCUUAGCAAACAGUAGACCACAUACACCAAACAACCAAAACUGUAGGCCCCAAACUCCGAACACACUCACCAGCACACCGAGGACACCAUCGGCUCAAGGAAGUAGACCCAUGACCCCUAACAGGUUACUGCCACGACCCCUCACUCCUUGCAAACAAGUUAACAAUGCGGGAAACUUUGGAAGCGAAAGGAGCAGGCCAGUAACACCUACAAGUCAGGUUGGGAGGCCUCUGCGUUCACCGACGGGGCUGGCUAUUGGGAAAAUAGCUGGGGAAAAUGUGGGAAAUGCUGCUACUCAAAGAAACAAUCUGUCGGAGGAUGAGUCUUAUCAGCAGUUGCAGGUUGCUCGUCAGCCUUGGCUGAUCCCCAGUGACACAGACAGUGAUUGUGUGGAUCAGGCUGAUCAAGACCAAUGUAGCCAAAGUGGAGUGCGGGAUGCCAGUAAAAGAUCAAUGUUUUCAGGUUUAUGGUGAAGAAACAGAAAAAGAAGACUGAACUGAUUUAAUGAUUAUGCAACACAAACUAUCGGCAUUUUGAAUAUUCUGUGUAUAUAAAACAUACAGUAUUGAAAUAAUAUGAUAUUUUUAUAAUGCACAUGCAAAUAGAUAUAUUCAUAGGCUGACCUGACCAUGCAGUGCAAAACAUAACCUUCAGUUUCAGACAUGUGCUAUUAAUAAUUUUUGCAGUAUCAAUGUUUCAUCUAAAAUAUCUCGCAUAGGACCCUUUUCACAAAAAUGUACUGUAGAUUUGGAUUGCUUGCUCUGAACAUGCUUCUGAAGGAUUUCAUUUUGUACUUACUCUUAAAAAAUAAUGUUUUUAAAUAAUUUUGUAAUCACUAGUUUUUUGUGUUAGGUUUACCCUGUAAUUACAUGUAUAUUCAUUGCUGCCAUAAAUAUCUUGCCUUUUCAAAUCACAUGCACUGUCUAAACCAUGAAAAUUGAUUCACAGCUGUUUAUUUACAAAAACAAACACAGCCCAGAUUGCUGUUCCAGACGUCAUUGUGUGAACUUAACAAAACAGCUAAACCACGAAGGGAUCCUAUACAGUCAUGUCCAAACAUCUGACAUGGUGCCUCAAUAAGAAAGACAAAUUACUCAUAUUAUUUAUUUCUUAGACGACAACCAUAUCCUUAUUAUAUUCAUGUUAAUUUUAGUUCAAAACAUGUUUGGUUUUUUUUUGUUUUUUUUUUAAAGUGCAAACAAACGGCUUUUGCUACAGUGGGAGUUAAAAGCAACAGUAAGUCACAAAUGUAUUAAACAGUUGACAAAAAAAAAUAGUAUUCAGCUUUAAACUUUCUGUUUAUAUGAAAAUCAAAAUAACAAAGUUAUAAACAAUUACUGUACUCAGGAUAUGCAAGAAAUAAAUGGUAAUCAGAAUGAAUAUGUGAUUUGUAUGGUAAUGGAUGAUCAUGUAUUUAAAUAAGCAUCCAGCUCAGAAUAAUGAGGUGGGCUGUAUUCACAUGGUAUUUACUAAAGGAUGUUCCUAUCAGUGCACGCAAGUGAUCUAAUAUGUGCGAGUAUGGGAACCAGGCUUUAACAACAAAAAAACUCAAUAUAUAAUGCACA